GUUUAUGUCCUCUCGCGACCGUCGAAUUGACGACUGACUCAAGUUUAGCUUUUCCGAGAAAAGAAUCAGCCAUGGCUUCUUCUCCGUCGAAUCCCACAGAUCCAGAUGCAGAAGCAGCUCUUUCUGGGAACCCUAGUUUGAUUGAGAAACCGAGUUUAGUAGGAGAGCAAGGAAGCAUUUCACUGGAGAAUGCGGAUUCCGUCGUUGACAAAGCCCUAAAUCUAGAAUCAACACAUGAAGAAGAAACGCAGAAUUUGCAGGAUCUGGAGGAGUCAGACGCCAGAGAUCAGCAAUUAGAGGCGUCGAUUGAGGAAAGUAGGAACGAAGAAGACGAUAUGGACGCAACGCAAGCCGUAAGCUCUCCUAUUCACCGCCGCGGAGGUGGGCCGAAGCGGAAGAAAAUGAACCAGAAGAAACGAAAACAGCAAGAGAAGUCAAAGGAGAAGCUUGAGGUACUUUUGAAAACCUUGAAGCCGAUUGCUUUCGUGCCAUGUAAAUCCCUAGAUUUUGCUCGGCACGAGAAGCUAUUGAAGAUGUUAGGUCUGUGGGAUUUUGUGCAUUUGGAGUUUGAUCAAAAUAUCCGUCAAGAUCUAGUGGCGACCCUUGUCGCGUAUUAUAAUUCAGAGGGUAGAUGCAGCUAUGUAAAUGGGCUAAGGAUUAAUGUCAGCCGUGCCGAUUUGGCUCGAGCGUUGAAGUUGCCUAAGAAGAAAGAACUUGACCUUACGGAGGAGGAGAGAGAACUUCUGGAAAAUGAUGAAUCAGUAAGGUUUAUUGAUGAGAUUCUUUCAACUUGGAUUCUACUGCAAAGAGAUGAUAUGUGGAUUAUGCCUGUAGAGGUUGUUGAAUGGACUAGGGAUAUAAAGCAAAAGCAUUUGGAAAAGUUAGAUUGGCCUAAAUUGCUCUGGUUUAUGGUUGAGAAAGAACUGAAAGCUGAGCCUCCACUUGGUGAUUGUUUUUUUGCUUCUCAUCUGCAGCUGUUGAUCAAAACACAGAGAGAAGAUUUACUCAGGGAAACAUCUAAGGUGGAUGAGGAAGAUGAUGAUGAUGUAAAGGAGGUUGAUUUUAUGGUAAAAUCCCCGAAAGAAGACUGUUUGGAGGUGAAGGAGGAAGAUGUUGGUGCUGCAGAUUCAGGUAGGGAUGAUGGUGCCACUGACUCAAAAGAAGACAAGUAUGUGGAUGAACAUAUGAUCGAAUUGAAUCUCGGGCAAGAUACUGUGUCAGAAAUGGUCUCUGAGGAGGAGAGAGGUCCUGUUGAGGGACAGUCAAUGGAUAUUGAGGAGAAUAAGAAAGAAGUGGAUGAAAGGUGGGCAUGGAAUGAAGACACUCAUGCUGGUUCUCAAUUCCUUCGCCGUUGCGAUCUUAGUAGUGCUAGGGAGGGAGAUGAAGAGAAUCAUAUAGAAGGAUCCAUGGAAAUGGGAGAAGAUGAACCAAUUGAAGAUGUCGGGGAAGACGAAACUGAGGAAGAUAAAGAAAAGCAUGAAGGGGGUUUUCCUUUUUUUCCAAAUGGUGUUUCCCUUCAUGGAGUUGGCCAAGAGAAUCUCAUGUUGGGAGAUGCAUCUCCGUUAGGUUAUAACUCCGGGUUACAAAUGCAUGGCAAUUCGAUUGGUGGUGAUUUCCUUGGUUCUAGGGUUGACAUGCAUAUGGCUAUGGGUCCAGGUAGUUCUUCUCUGUUUGGGAAUGGCAAUAACAAGAGGGAGAUUGAACACGAGAAUGAAAUUACUUAUCACUCUCAUAACCCCAGCAAUAAGAGGUUGAGGACCGAAGAACCCUCUUGGGAUGAUAAACCCCCAGGUGACGUGUGCUUUGAACAGAUGGCAUACUGGAUGGAAAAAGCUAGGUUGUCAUGUGCUGAAAAAGAUCGAGAGCGUGAACAAUCUGUUAUGAACCAGCAGUAUCUAAUGAACGAACUUGAAAGCAAGGCAGCAAUGAUUCAGGAAUUGGAAAGAGCCAAGUUUGAGGAGCAACAGAGGAAAGAUAUAAUGAUCUAUAAGCUUGAGAGUGAGCUUCGUAUGAUGACAAGUGUAGUAGAGGGUUACAGGAAGGCUUUGAAAGUAACAAAAAAGGCAUCAAGAGAGCACAGAAAACGUUGCCCGUUGCUUGAUGAUAAACCAGUCUACAAGGAUGUCAAAGGUUCUGGAGGUUUGGUGUUGAGCACUACUGAAAUUGAAAAGCUGAGAUUGAAGCAAGAAGAGGAAGACAGGACGGCACGAGCUCUAUAUGAGGGACAGAUUGAGGAGUUUGGAAGUCGCUGGCUUAAAGAAUUUGAAGAACUCAUGGAAACAGUAGACUCGCUAAAUGAGAAAUUCAUCGAGAUUGAAAAUGAAGUGAAGAUCUUGAGAGAAACACGUUCGGAUAGCAAGAAAAAUGAGACAUCUGAAGUUGCUGCUGCUACAGAAGAAACUUGAGAUGCCCUCAAGGUUUCUGCAAAUCGGUGGAGGUUUUAAAGAAGCUCGUUUGAAAGAACAUGAAUUUAGCAUCCUCAUUUUGUAUGAUAGACAAUGAUAUGAUCGAAUGUAUUAUCUUCUCUUAGGAAAAUGUAACCAACGGUUGUGAUCAAUGCUAAGUUUCAGUUAGUAGUAAAGAUUCAAUCAUCUUUGAGAUUCGUUAA